CAAAGUUAUCCAGGUAGGUGGUACUUAACUGUUCCAUGGAAUUUGUUAUUUAAACUGGGUGGUUGAAAGCCGUCGGUCAGAUUAAUGUAGACUUAUUCGACUUUUCAAACAUUACUCCCUAUUUCUUGGUCAUAUUUCACUCGUACUUCUGUGAUUUAACAUGAGACUUUUAAUGUUGACAGAUUUAUUGAUUGAUCUUUCUGCGUACCUAUUUCGACUUCAAAAAAUUAUGUAGGUAUAUUUGUGUUGGUAAGUACAGUCUACCCUACUGCUCAUAGGAUAAGGUUUCCUAACUAACUGGUUACUUCGCAUCUUGAUUUAGUCAGUGAAGGCUCUUUGUAUCACCAAUGAUAUUCUAGUCCAUCGGAAAACAUUCACAAUUCAGCUAUGGGUUAAUUGUUUGGUGUUAUUUUGACAUUUUGUACUUCUUAAUUCUCCUCCGUUAUUACUACAAAGACUUGAACCUGUCGAUCAUUUUACAAGGUUAUACUCUUGUGCUUUCUUAUAUCAAUAUCAUAUACUGUCCUUCCAUCAUCACUUGAGUUGGCUAGAGAUUGCGUCCUUCAUAUAAAUCCAUCGCUUUCCUCAGCAAGCUGUGUUAACCGAAUUAUGACGGGGUUAGUCGAUAUUUGGUGGGUGGUUGAUCUCGGACUAGUUGGUCGGUAUACACUAUUUGCAUAGUCGUUUGGAUAACAGGAAAUGCUGGGUACAUAACUUGACAUUAAUUACAGGACCACAGAUCUAUCUAAUUCAUAUUGUCUAGCAUAUUUUGGAAAACUCCACUAAUCUGUACUAACCUAUAAUCUGCCACAGAGUUUUGACUAUGAUAGUUUCAUUUCAUUUUUCCUCCCCUGUGUUGAGACGCGUCACAAUUUGAACUGGUGCAGUUUGGUGUUAAUUUCUGCAUCAGUCCUAAUCACUAGAUCUAUAGAAAGUCCGGAACCUGCCAGAUUCAUUUUCUUUGCAUCAAUCAGUUCAGAUGAGGCUACACUGAUUCACUACCUUUUACUAACCUUUGUUUACAGGUUAUUAACUGUAUUCAUUACUGUUUUCACAACAGACCGGAUAUGUUAUCAUUAUCAAAUGAUUGUUUAGAUACCUCCUUGCUAACGUUUUCACUAAUGAGCUGCACGCACUAAUUGAACAUGAAAAUUCAGGUUGAAGAAUCCGCAAUAAUGUUUUCCGGACAGCUACCUCUAUUCUACCUGUAGAAAUGGUGUUUACCUAGAUUCCCUUAUUGCUGUGUAUCUCCCACUUUAUUAUCCAUCGAAAAUUCAAUCAAUAAUGAAUCCUCCACAUAAUUCACAAUCAAAUCUAAGUAUUAGAAAUGAUGCUAAGAAGUUACUGGAGCCAAAUACUCUAGUUGAACUAGCUCAGUGUGUUGAAAAUGCAAAUAGUUUUGUUGCUGCUAAUGCAUGUUCCCGUCUGCAUUUAAUUGUUGAACAGAUGCAUCAUUUAAAGUCUCAAGCAGAAACUAUCUUAAAAAAUGCACACAGAGAUACUUUGUUACAUAAAUUGCCAUGCAAUUUUGUGAAAAAACCUGGAAACAUCUAUUAUGUUUAUAAAAAACCAAAUGUUGGCCAAUAUCUUAGCAUGCUUUCACCUAAGGAAUGGGAAAAUUGUCCUCAUGAAUAUGUUGGUGCAUACAAACUUCUACCUGAUAUGUCUUGGAUUCCUGAAGACGAUAUCGACACUUACGAAUCUAUCAGUAAUACUGCUCUGCAAAUGUUAGACAGACAUCAAUUUAUGUUAGAAUGAAAAUAUGAGAUCUUUAUUAUUAUUAUUUUUGUUUGCUUAACUCUCGUUUAUACUGUGAAUAUUUUGUGUAUUAAAGAAAGAGGAAAAAAUAAAGACAGUAUUUAUUACCCUCAAUGUGGUUUUAUUACACUCCAUGUUGGAGGUGGAGGGUUAGCCAAUUUAUCGAGAAAUUUAGUUUCUCUUGUAAGUAUAAACGGUACACGAACCAUAGGAUGUCCUGAUUCUUCACCUAGUACAUUUCUUAAAUUUAAACGAAC